UCAAUUCCCAGGAGACCUUUAUAGGAAGUGUAGGGUACUCACCCGAGCCUCCUAGUGGCCAGGUGCAGACCUGCAGCAGGCCCCUCCCUUACCUAAGGCAGUCCCCGCCCUGGGGGCCUCUAGAGACGGAAACAACGGGUGCAGAAAGUACAGUACACCUACAAACAUGGAAGAAAGUCCCAGGGAAGCCUGGGGCCAAUCCCCAGCCUGGUCUAGCUCGCGGAAAGCCAGAACAGGCCCAUCACUGGCAUCUGUGCUGAAUGAUCUCCCCAGUGCUGCUACGCUUCGAUACCGUGGCCCUGGUGUGCUCCCUUGGGGGACACUGGAUGAAGAUGAUGAUGGAGGAAGAAGCCUUCAGGCCGUUGCAGAAACUGCCCAAAUGGAAUCUCACCCUUCCCGGGAACUUCCCUGGCCUAUGCAAGCAAGGCGGGCACACAGGAAGAACCAGGCUAGAGAGCGGGUGGCUUCUGACUCUGAAUCUAGGGCUGCCUACUGGACCCGACAGCUUUCCAGGACCAAGGGAAAAAUGAAAGAAGGCUUUCAAACUAUACAGCCCUGGGCAUGGACGCUGAAGAAAAUUGGGGGCCAGUUUGGAGCAGGCACUGAGUCCUACUUCUCCCUGCUGCGCUUCCUGCUCUUUCUCAACCUGGCGGCAUCUGUGAUUGAAGUCUGCAUGAAGCUGAUCCCCGCCUGGUUGGAAGGGGCUCCUCCAGGUCCCCCUGGCCCUAACAUCUCUUCACCCUGUGGUUCCUAUAUUCCACACACUCAUGGCCUGGUCGCCUUCCCCACCCAGCUCUUCAACUUGCUCUCUGGAGAGGGUUACCUAGAGUGGUCCCCUCUGUUCUACGGGUUCUACCCACCCCGAUCGAACCUGGCCAUCACCUACCUGUGCUCCGUCUUUGCCAUCGGCCUCAUCUACUUGCUGUUCAUCCUACACCGUUCGGUGUCCGGGUUGAAGGAGACACUGUUGGCCGAGUCAGACAUUCUGACCAGCUACAGUCACCGAGUGUUCUCAGCCUGGAAUUUUGGCCUCUUCGGGGACGUGCACGUGCGGCUGCGCCAGUGCAUCAUUUUGUAUGAACUACAGGUGGACCUAGAGGAAGCAGUAGUCCGGCGCCGUGCUGCGGAGCAGACCCUGGGCCAGCGAGCCAGGGUGUGGUCAGUGAGGGCGCUGCUCAACGUGCUGGUCCUCGCGCUCCUGGGGGCGGCCUUUUAUGGCAUCUACUGGGCCACAGAGUACACCUUGACACUGCAGGAGACACCCCUUGUCCAGCAGACCCCGCUACUCAAGCUUCUGGUGGAUUACCUUCCAUCCAUCUUCAUUUCUGUGUUCAACUUUGUGCUGCCUCCUGUGUUCAAGUUCAUUGCCUCACUAGAGGGCUACACUCACAGCCGUCAGAUCGUCUUGAUCCUGCUUAGGACUGUGUUUUUACGUCUGGCCUCCCUGGUGUUCCUUCUGAUCUCUCUGUGGAAUCAGAUCACGUGUGGGGGAAACAUGGAGGCAGAAGGAUGCAAGGCCUGUGGCUACAAUUACAAAGAAAUUCCGUGCUGGGAGACUCGGCUGGGCCAGGAGAUGUACAAACUUGUGCUCUUUGAUCUGCUGAUGGGCCUGUUGGUCACGCUGUUGGUCCAGUUUCCUAGGAAGAUACUCUGUGGCCUCUGUCCUGGGGCAUUGGGUCGUCUGUCGGGAACUCUGGAGUUCCAGGUGCCCGAUGAGGUGCUGGGGCUCAUCUAUGCUCAGACCGUUGUCUGGGUGGGAAGCUUUUUCUGCCCUUUACUGCCUUUGAUCAACACCGCCAAGUUCUUCAUACUUUUCUGUCUGAAGAAGAUAACACUCUUCUCCAUCUACUCACCGGCUUCCCGCACCUUCCGAGCAUCCACAGCGAAUUUCUUUUUCCCCUUGGUACUUCUUGUGGGUCUGGCGAUCUCUGCUGUUCCUGUACUUUACAGUAUCUUCCUGAUCCCACCUUCUAAACUGUGUGGCCCGUUCCGAGGGAAGUUGUCCAUUUGGGCCCAGAUCCCUGAGUCCAUUGAGAGCCUCCCUCAGACUGCCCAGAACUUUCUCUACUUUCUGGGGACCCAGGCUUUUACUGUACCCCUUCUGAUCUUCUCUAGCAUUCUGAUGAUGUAUACCAUAGUGCUGGCUAACUCUUAUGGACGCCUCAUCUCUGAGCUCAAACGCCAGAUAGAGACGGAAGUACAGAAUAAAGUCUUCCUAGCCCAGCGAGCUGUGGCUCUGAGCUCAACGAAUGGAGCUUCCUGAUAAGUCUGGCGGGACCUUCAGCCUCUCAGACCCAUCGUAGAGCUUCAGUGACUUCAUUUAUCAAGUGAUGGGACCCUCUCAUCUCUGGAACCAAAUCCCACGCCCGAAUGCCACACUUCCAAUUGAACCGUAUUAAUAAACAACAGUCAAGGCCG